AUGCCAGCCCAAACAACAUGUCCAAUACCCGAAGUAGACCGCGCACUGUCGUCAUACAUCAACAGCCGGGAAGACACAUUGAGGAUCCGACGAACGCUCUCGAAGUACCUCACAUCAAGCCUGAGGCCUGUCAAUGCAGCAACUCAGAACCAGCAUCUGAAUCAUGAAUGUCCUCAGAACCUCUCCGCAGCCAAUACCAACCCUCCAGGCUUGAAGGACGUUCGUCUGGAAUAUUUGCAGGCUCUUCGGGCUAGAUCGCAGGCGCAAGCCAGACAUCGUGAACUCCAGGCAUCGUUGGAGGAUUUACGCAAUCGUUAUGUGGACGAGAACCCGACGCAGCCAGAGUUAGAAUACGACAAUGAGGUUACUCGAGGCUACGUCUCUUUAUUGCGACAGCGCAGACGGUUUGCAGAGCUUCAGGUCAUUCAAGAGUCUCUAGACAAGCUUCUGACCGCAAAGCCUUUGACUGUUGCAGCUGACCCUAGGGCUUCCAUCAAGAGCGCCAUUGGUGAGCAACCAGAUUUACCUGCCGAGAGGUUCGAGCAGCUAGCACAGGCUGAAGAAGACCAGACAUGGGUCUUCAAGCUGAAGCAGGAGGUUCUUGAGGCGCGAACAGCUAUGGAGCGUGCCCAAGCCGCAAGGAAGAAGGCCCAGGACGAGCUUCAGGUUGAGCCAAGCUUGCAGGUGCAAGUUCAUGCACUCGAGCGAGCGAGAGAUGAACUCGUCGACUGGGUUCAAGGAGAGCUGGCUAAGAUGGAGGAAAACAGUGUCUUCCUCGAGGACGCCUCGCCCAUCAAGCGCCCAGUGAACGCCGUAGCACCCGUCGAUCUUGCAUCAGCAGAAUCGCAGAUACGGGAAUCAUACAACAAGUACAUUGAAGCUCGUGCUGGCUUACUUGAAGCUCAUGCAAGCCUUCAGCAGCCAUUGGACGUACAGACUGAGAACCAGAAUGGCGGUCAAUCCAUUCCCUCCGAAGACAGCAACGCCACAACGACGAAGCCUGUUCGACCGAUUACCAAGCUCUUGCCCUGUCUCCCACACCUUGCAAAAAUAGCCAAUAAUGAGCGAUCUCUACUCCAGCAAUCUGUAUACCUCCAAAAUCAGAUGGCAUCCGCAAACCAGGACAUGGAGGAAGCGCUUCUCCGGCUCUCUGGCGAAAGCCAUCUAUUACCCGCUGGCUCCAAGGAUGUAGCGAUAUGGGGAAAGAUGGCGCGAGAAGCGGAGGCGGUUACGGAAGAAUUUGUGAAAGAGCGCUUACAGGCUAGCCGGCAAGAAGUGGGAAGUGUGAGCACGAUUGUGGAACUUUGCUCACUGCAGAGUCAGGUCCUGGAAUCGGCUUAG